AGUGCAGGGUCAAAAUAAAAGAGCUGAGGAGUGCUUACUGCAAAGCCCGUGAGGGAAAUCGUCGCUCAAGAGCUGCCCCCACAACCUGCCGUUUUUACAAGGAGCUGGAUGCCAUACUUGGGUGUGACCCCACUGCCAAUCCGAGGACCACGAUGGAGAGUUCAGAGCAGGGAGAAGUGGGGGAGGGUGUAGAGGAAGCCGACAGUGAGGCUACUGCCGUGGAGGGAGACACCCCGGAGUCCCAGGAGGCAUGCAGCCAGGAGCUCUUCUCAAGCCAGGAGGAGGCUAGCCAGUCGCAGCAGCUGGAAGUUGCUGGUGAGGAAGAAACUGAGGAGCGUGCUCGGGUGACCUUGAGUAAUGCAGCCGGAUCACCGGUCUCACGUCGUUUGCAGAACUUGAGAAAAAAACCCCGAAAAUCAAAAGAAGAAUUGAUCAAAUCAGUUAUGAAUCACUACAACAGAGAAAGUAGGAAGACGCAUGAAUGGAGAGAGAAAAUGUAUGAAUCCAGAGAGAAAAUGAAUGAGUGGAGGAAAACAGAAAGCAGGAAAAAGGAAUUGACUCUCAAAAAAAACACAAAGCAGAUGAUAAGCCUCCUGGCUCGCCAAACUGAGUCUUUCGAGUCUACGGUUGCCAUGCAGGCAGAUCUGUACCGUGGUAACCCACACCCCUCCCAAAGCUCUCUGUCUUGUUCCCCAGUGUUUGCACCAAACACCUUUCUCCAGCAGCCAGUUCCUUAUUACACCCAGCUGCCCCCAACACCUGUACGAUCACCUACCAGCCCUGAAAACUAUAAUUCUUACCCUGUGCACUCCACCCCCAUUACCCUGCAGCAUAGUAAUCCUGAAGUGCAGCAGACAUUGAACAGUAAUCAAAACAGGACAUAUUCAGACCUCUGAAUGUACAGUCCACCACCCUAACCCCCCUGGCCUUUUAUGUACUGUACUUUGAAUAAAGGAUUUUAUGGCUUUUACAA